GUGAUUUUCAAGAAAGCGCACAACAGAGACAAGCAUGCAACACACCAAGACUGUACGGUAACCAUGUCAAUUUACCUGGAAAGAGAAGUGUGACAAUAAUACCCAAAAACCUUAGGAUUAUUUAGCCUAUAAUAUAGGCGGACUACUGAAAAAUAGCAAGUCGCCAUGGCUGGAAAUACGAAGAAGAAUAAAGGGAAAGGCGACAGCAUAUUGCAGCAAGAAGACAUUCUGCAGGCUGUGGUGUUAGCAGACAGCUUCAACGUGCGGUUUGCGCCAAUGACAUCGGAGAGGCCGAGGGCUUUGUUUCCAUUGGUCAACUGUCCUCUCAUUGAUUACACACUUGAGUUUCUGGUCAGUGCUGGGGUUCAGGAGAUAUUUGUCUUUUGCUGUUCUCAUGCUGACCAACUUAAAAAACAUAUCUGGGCCUCUAAAUGGAACCAUAAGAACUCCCACUGCAUCAUCACGCCGAUUGUCUCUGAAGACUGUCACUCUGUUGGGGAUGCACUCAGGGAGAUUGAACGAAAGUCCAUGAUCAGAUCUCACUUUGUUCUUGUCAGUGGCGACCUGGUGUCCAACAUGCUGCUAAAAGACCUGAUAGAACAGCACAAAGCACGAUUCAAGGUGGACAAGUCAGCAGUGAUAACGUUAGUCUUCAAGCAAGCUUAUCCUGGCCAUAGGACCCGCAGUGAAGAAGAUGACAUUGUAGUUGCCACAGAUACCACACAUCGUAUACUGAGCUAUCAGAAAAUGCAUGGAAAGAUGAAAGCAAGGUUCCCCCUGAAUCUGUUUGAAGAUAACAGGGAAAUGAUCCUUCGGUAUGACCUGAUGCAUAGUCACAUUAGCAUCUGCUCCCCUAGGGUCACUGAGCUCUUUGUGGACAACUUUGACUACCAGAACAUGUCAGAUCUUAUCCGUGGAAUACUAAUUAAUGAGGAGAUUGAAGGCAACAAGCUUUACAUGCAUGUUAUUGAGGAAGAGUAUGCUGCUAGGGUAACUGAUCUACCAAUGUACGAUUCCAUUAGCAAAGAUGUAAUUAGGAGGUGGGCGCAUCCCUUGGUACCUGAAAAUUUAACAGCUGAGGGUGAAGGCUACAAACUGGGCAGGCAUAAUGUAUAUCUGGCAAGUGAUGUCACUUUAGAAAGAGGUAGCAUUCUUCAGGAAGAUGUCAUUAUUGGUCAGGGUUCUACCAUUGGCACUAACACCAUUAUAUCACAAUCUGUCAUUGGUAAAAACUGUGUGAUAGGUGAAAAUGUUAUUCUAGAAAACACCUAUAUAUGGGACAAUGUCAGAAUAGAAUCGAACUGCAAAAUGAGCAUGGUUGUGUUGUGUGAUAGGGUGAGGCUGAUGGAUUCAGUCAUUAUACAACCUGGCUGUGUGCUCUCCUAUGGGGUCAAAGUAGGCCCAAGUAUCACCCUACCAUCAGGAACCCUCCUCACAUUGUACCCCCCUAGCCAUGGUGAAUCAGACCAAGAAGACAAGGUUGAUGAUAGGCACAUGAAUCGUACCAACAGACAGCUGGGGGAUGUUCCAGUGGACAAGGAUGUUGUAGGAGAGGAGGGUGAGGGCUAUGUGUGGCAACCUCCACUUGAUCCUGAUGAUGAUGAUGGCCAAAGGCAACAGUUAUUAGGUCUAAACGUUUCAGUGGAAGAUGAGACGAAAGGCAGCUCAGAAGAAUCAGAAGAUGAAGGGCAAGAGGACUUUGUUUCCAUUUCACCUCCACCAGAUGACACUAGAUUGUUUUACAAUGAGGUGAUAGAUAGCAUGCAGCGGACCAUUGAGGAAAAUGUGAAGUUGGAGAACUUGAUUCUUGAAGUAAACUCCUCCAAGUAUGCAUACAAUGUGUCCAUGCGAGAGCUGGUUCAGCUGGUAGUGAAGGCUGUGCUAGAGAUGCCUCACCUGAAGGUCACUGAGCCCCUACAAGCCAGCCAGUUGUUGCCAAGACUCACAACGCUAGUGCACAAGCUUCUUCCUGUUUUUCGGAAUUACAUCAAGAAUGUGGAAUCACAGCUUGAUUGUCUCAAUGCACUGGAGGAUUACUGCCAUGCUAGUAGGGCAACCACUGCAGCCCUUCCAAAGAUACUGCUGCUGUUGUAUGAGGCAGAUGUACUGAGUGAGGAAGCUAUACUCCAGUGGUACAACAGCAAAUCGUCAUCAGAUGACCCAGCCAAUAGUGCAAAUAGACAACAGAUCCAAACUCAGGUUCAGCCAUUCAUCAAGUGGCUAGAGGAGGCAGAGGAAGAGAGUGAUAGCGAAGAGGAAGAUUAGUUUCCAUGAUAAUUGAUGGCCACAAACAAGAUGCCAGGGAUUGGGGAAUUUUUCAAUGGACAGCUGUGUAUCACAAUGCUGCAGUACAACAAACUACAUAUUUUUGAUAUUGAUGGCAAAGAAGCUCAGUGCGAUAAUUUGAUUGGUUAGGUCCAGUGGUCACAUGCUGAAUGUUAGUGUGGCAUUCUAGACACCAUGAUUGAUACCACUUGCCCUGAGCAAGACUGCUGCUAUUGCCUUUUUUCACCCAGAAACAUCAAAUGGUGACUUAAAACAAAAAAAACAGGUUUGGUUAUAGUAUUUGAGCCACAUUGGGGCUUAAGAUUGCCGGCAGUCACAUAUGCAAUGGUGGAUCAACAUUUUUCCAUUUUUCCAAGAUGGGUUGACUGGGACUUGAAAACCAAGAAUUUUUUUUAGGGGGGGGGGGGUGGAGUCAUCCAACCAAAAAGACCAAAGGCCUGAAACAACAAAUUAAUAUUUUACAGUAUUGAGUGAUGACAUGUUAUUCGUGGAAUAAAAGGAAAUCUGGAUUUGUUUUUCAUUAUGCAAAACAUACGUCAGCCAGUGUGUGGGUGAGGGGGGGGGGGGGGUGGGUAGCCACCCGACCCACCCCUUUCCCUGGUUUCGUCAUUGCAAAUGGGCUGUGAAUCACAGCAGUUUCAAUUGUAACUUAAGUACACCCUCCUUCAGUAGGACGCACACUACAGAUUGACAUUGUACAAAUCUACUUUGGGAAAACCAGGAACGAGAUGUUUCCCUCAAUGAACUUGAAGAUGGCAAGUCUGUGACUAUAAAACAGGGCUGAAAUGACCUGCAGUCAACUUGUCCCUCUUGCAUGUGUUAGUUAUCAACUCAUACUUGUUACCGUGUUCAUGUACCGGUACUUGUAUUUGUGUCAAACUCAAGGUAAAAUAAUUAUUGUGUGUUAAAUCAACCACUAUUGACUGCUGCUAUUUUGCUCAAUCAUCAUUUCUUUAAACAAUUUGGAGUGAUGUGGGUCACAUUUUUGGCACGCAACAUGGCUUUCCAAGUGCUGGAUAAUAAAUUAUUUCUGGAAACAAAUUGUGCAAAAAUAAUAUACACUGCGUACAAACCAAUGGGGGUCUUGACAAAUAUUGACCCAAGUAAUAACAAGGCUGACAAUGCAUGUUUCCAUAGGAGGGUUAAUUUUAAUAAUGCUAUAUACUUUAUUGUAGUUACAAUGUUUUGAAUUCUUCAUAAACAUAUUACACUCAAGUUGGUCGUGAACACAAGAUUGGAUCGACAUUUGUAGUUAUGAUGUACAAGUUAUGAGGCAUUGUAAUGCAUGAGAGUGUAGGUCAUCCAGGCAAUAUUAUGCAUCAGAUUAAAUGCAAACAUUUGUGUAUAAGGGAACAAUGUUUACUAGAGCUUCGCGUUUGUUUAGUUACAAACGCAGAGUGGUUGGGCUGGCCUUUUUUCAUUAAAUACUUCCGAGAUAAAUAUGUUUAUAUAAGAACAAAGGAUCAAAAAAAUAAAUCCUUUCCAGUACAAUUAAUUUGUUUAAAAAAUCUUCUUAAACGGAUUGAUAACUUUCAGUAAACAUUUUAUGAACACAUCCAAGUUAUUUCUGGCUUAAUGACGUCAUAAGUCAAAAACAGGAGUGAAUACUGAUUUAGUUCGGAGUGGAUAAAUGUUCCUUGUAAAGUUAAAUAACUAUGAAAAUAUGGAAAAAAUAUAAGUGUAUGUAUUAAUAACACCUAACUUCCGGUUUGAUGAUGUCACAGUAUUUGGAAGCAAAAUAUGAACAUUCUAAUGAUUAUCAAUAUUUGGGCUACGAAGAUAUUAGACAGGGAUCAAAUGAUAGAAUUAAAUUGAUGAUGGUUUUAAAUUAAAGAAAGCAAACACUAUUUUUUGUGCUGCUAGGGGGCGCCCUUUUGGA